GAGUUUUCCAAUGGGUGUGGUCGUAUGUGCCAUCUGCAUGACAGAUUGAUUACUAUAAUCCUCUGCUCAGCUUUUGAGCCGGCCAGCCGCACAGCCUCUCUCAGGACACGCUGCAAAAGUUCCGUGAAGUGGAACUACCUAAUAUCUGCCGUGAUAGCCGAGAUAAGACCCGGAUUGCCCCCACAAUCGGCCUUGUCCGCGCGGCAUCUCACAGAUAAGCGCAAUCCUCAUAUCGCAAGGUGCUAAGUUACCACAUAUUAGAUGACUUCUCUCCCGAACUGGCAUGCCAUUGUGCCGUUCUGCUAUCAGCUAUUAGU